AAGACAACAAGAAGGAUGUGCUUAAACUAUUCAGAUCAGAGGAGCUAAAUGACAUGGGGUACUUAAAGAAGGACAAGGGUAAGAAAGCUCAAAAGGUUGUGCAAACUGAUUCCUUUUGGAAAGGUGUUGACAUUGCUGUGAAUUUCUUUGAGCCAAUGGCUAAUGUGCUGAGAAGGGUGGAUAGUGAUGUGCCGGCGAUGGGAGUCUUCCAUGGUUGUAUGCUAGAUGCGAGAAAGGAAAUUUGUUUGAGGUUUGACAAUGAUGAGAGUCGCUUCAAAGCUGUUAUGGAUAUCAUUGACAAGAGGUGGGACAACAAACUGAAGACGCCACUACAUUUGGCUGGGUACUUUCUCAAUCCCUACUACUACUAUCCAAACAAGAAUGCGAUCGAGAAUGAUGGAUCAUUCAGAGCAGCGGUCAUCCAUUGCAUUACAAGGAUGAUUCAAGAUGAAAUGUUGCAAGAAGAGAUUAUUGAUGAACUCAACAUAUAUGAAGAAGAGGCCCACUCUUUUGGAACGGACAUUGCCACGCGGCAGAGAAGAAACAAAAUUUUUGAUCCAGCAAAAUGGUGAUUGAAUCAUGGCACAAA